CUCUCCGCUGCUUGCGUGCGCAUUCUAACGUGGAGGGAAACGGAGCCUCUUCGCGUUCAAACACACCGUUUUUACUGUUUGUUGUUUAGUUUAUCCAAAAAUGACCGUUUUAACUCGCGGUGUGAAAGAAACGAACAGCUGAUUUUAUUUGAAUAAAACACGCCGGUGGGAUAGAAAGUACGGAGACGACGCGACAAUUGCAACUUUGUUGUAAUCAGUACGGGCGGUUUAGAGUCGCGUUUUUUUAAUUUUACGUUCGGUUUUUUGUGAUUGUGGAACACACAAACAAAUUCAAAAUUUCGCGCGUUUGAAAUUCAGCCGUUACGAGUUCUUUAAGCGGUGUUCGUAAGUUUCUCUGGACGGGGCUGUGCGCAGGAUACAUCGCUUCGCAUCUGGAGUUGCGUUUGCGAAGUUUUUUCCCAGGAAUACUGAUGAAACUGACGUCUUAAAAGUAGUCAUGGGCAAAUUGGAUUUAUUUACAAGUGCCAAGGAUUACUUCUGAAACAACAAGGCGCCUCAAGAUCUCGCGUACUGAGUGGACUGCGCCGUUCUUUUGCACUUCAGAGUUCACUCGGCUGGUAGCGCAAACUGUCAUUUUAAUAACCGUUGCGAUAAACAUCGUAAACAUGCCGCAGCUUAACGGAGGUGGAGGAGACGAGUUAGGGGCGAACGAUGAGAUGAUCUCAUUCAAAGAUGAGGGCGAACAGGAAGAUAAAAUCUCCGAAAACGUGUCGGCCGAAAGAGAUCUUGACGACGUGAAGUCCUCGUUAGUGAACGAGUCGGAAAAUAACAGCAGUUCGUCCGAUUCGGAGCAAGCCGAGAGGCGCCCUCAACCGAGAGCUGAUGAUGACAGUUAUGAAAGAGCCCGGGAGUAUUUUAGUGAAGCUUUGAGAAGACAGCAAGAUGGAGGAUUUUUUAAGAGCCCGCAUUAUCCAGGCUACCCGUUUCUAAUGAUUCCAGAUCUGUCCAAUCCUUACUUGUCCAACGGCGCUUUGUCUCCGAGCGCGAGAACGUAUCUGCAGAUGAAAUGGCCUCUACUGGAUAUUCCAGGCACAGCAGCUCUCAAAGACUCACGAUCUCCUACUUCUGGACACAUAUCUAAUAAGGUCCCGGUGGUCCAGCAUGCUCACAUGCACCCCCUGACCCCCCUCAUCACCUACAGCAAUGAACACUUCUCUCCAGGAACUUCUCCAGCCCACCUCUCCCCAGAGAUACUGGACCCAAAGACAGGUAUCCCACGGACCCCCCACCCUUCAGAGCUCCCCUACUACCCCCUGUCCCCAGGGGCAAUGGGGCAGAUCCCUCACCCUCUGGGGUGGCUUGUUCCACAGCAAGGCCAACAUAUGUACCCCAUUGCCGCUGGUGGUUUUCGUCACCCUUACCCAGCUCUUGCCAUGAACGCAUCUAUGUCCGGUUUGGUGACGAGUCGCUUUUCCCCUCAUAUGGUUCCUCAUCAUCCUCACAGUCUUCAUCAGACAGGAAUUCCUCACCCAGCCAUCGUCUCUCCAGCUAUAAAACAAGAACCAAAUGGAGACCUCAGUCCAGCAGCUCACACGAAAUCUCCAUGCACGACAAAGAAGGAAGAGAAGAAGCCUCACAUAAAGAAGCCUCUGAAUGCAUUUAUGCUCUAUAUGAAAGAGAUGAGGGCCAAAGUUGUGGCCGAAUGCACGCUGAAAGAAAGCGCCGCAAUCAAUCAGAUAUUGGGCCGCAGGUGGCACUCUCUAUCUCGAGAGGAACAGGCCAAAUACUACGAGCUGGCCAGGAAAGAGAGACAGCUGCACUCUCAACUCUACCCUGGCUGGUCCGCACGAGAUAACUACGGCAAGCGGAAGAAGAGGAAUAGAGAUAAUAAGACAGACUCAACACCAGAGGAUUUCUCACCACGGAAUAAGAAGCCGUGUGUGCAGUACCUCCCUCAGGAGAAAAUGAUUGACAGCCCAGCCUCCUCCCACGGCAGCAUGCUGGACUCUCCGGCCACGCCCUCUGCAGCCCUGGCCUCGCCCGCUGCUCCUGCCCCGACUCAUUCUGAGCAGGCUCAACCGCUGUCACUCACCACCAAACCUGACCGUCACCACCAUCCUCACUUUUCUCUUCUCUCCAAACCCUCUUUUUCAUCCUCAUCGUCAUCUUCUACAUCAUCAACAUCCUCCUCCUCCCAACCGAGCAUCUCUCUACCUACUAGCUCCUCAGGCAGCCAGUCAACUCCGCCCCUUCUCUCUCGGCCACUCCCCUUCACUUCCUUGCAUGCUUCGCUGUUGUCCCCGCCCUCCCCAUUCCAUCAUGCGGCGCUGCAGUCCCAUCACGCAUUUUUCCAGUCUCAGCCGCUCUCUUUGGUAACCAAAUCGGCUGACUGACUCUUCUAAAGCAAUUCUCUCUUAAUCUCUCUUAAAUAAUGCUGUAUAUUGCUUUUUACCUUUUGGAAGAAAUAGAUGUCAGGUUAACUUUUUUGAUAAGUGAAAAGGAAAUAAAUAUUAUUGGUCAAUAUUUGAUCAUCUGCUUUUCUGUGUCUGUAUAAAACAAUGUAUUUUUUUGUAACGUCUAUUUAGAACUUGUUUCUUAUUUGAUGCUUUUAUUCGGUAAACUUGUAUAAAGAAUACAUGUAUUAAAAACUACUUUAAAAGACAAGAAGGAACAAAAACAUUUACGCUUGCCUGUAAUUCAUGUUAGUUUUGGAGUUUAAUUCAUAGUACUGGCAAUUUAUUAGACCUCUUUGCAAUGACCCCCUCUACCCCAGUUUUGAAGUGUGUGAACUUGAUAAAUAAAACUUGUAAAUUGUUU